UGCUUUCUGCUCUGGGUCCUUGCCUCCUUGGCUGGGAAAGUCGGAAAUUUUAUUAAAUUUCUGUCCGAAGCUAAUCUCAGAUUUUUUAAUGGAAUUCUAUGUAUUUAAUUGUAUUUUUAAAUCAUUUUAUUAGUGUUUUUGUUAAUAAAAGAUGCUUCCGUGAUUGGACAUCCUGAAAACCAAUGCACUGAUUUGGGAUUAUAUGAGUUCAUAUGAGUUAGCCAACAUGACAGACACUAUUCCAAAAACAAUGAUAAUCGGGGCAAUGCAGACGAACGGUCUGCCGAUGACCUCGAGCGAGGCAACUACCGCCUCCCCGGAAGCAUCGAGUACAGCCAGCGAUUCCCCCACGCCCACCAACAGUGUAGGCGGCCAUGAAAGAAAUUGGUCGUCACAUUGGCAGGGGUUAGUUUGUGAGGAGCACAGGCAACUGCUGGGCACAGAGGAGGAGUCGUCGGAUCGACACAGCAGUGAGGGUGAUGGGGAGGGGUGUGAGGGGGAUGGGGUGUGGACAAUGAACGAGGAGCAGCUGGAGUACUACCGCAAGCAGUUCUGCUCGCUGCAGCCUGACCCCAACAGUCUGCUGCCCGGACAGGUCGCCAGGAAGUUCUUCGAGAAGUCCCGUCUUCCAGUGCAGGAGCUCAGCAAGAUUUGGCAACUAUCCGACGUGACAAAGGACGGCGCUCUGUCGUUGGCCGAGUUCAACACAGCGAUGCACCUGGUGGUACUCAGACGUAACAACAUCCCACUGCCUGAUACUUUGCCUGCCCCCCUCAUGCCCCCCGCCGCCCUUAUGUCCGCCUCCGAUGCCUCCGAUGACGUCAGCAGUCCUGUGGCAGCACCUCCGCCUCCAGUGCCGCCUCCGCAGCCACCCAGUCCCACCCCCAGCAACACUGAGUCGGCGUCGUCGCCUCAUCGCGGCAAAGAGUGGACAAAAUUCUUCGAUUCUCCAACCAGCUCGGUGUCAUCUCCUGGUCCAAAACCUGUCAAUUUCGAUUUUCACAAAUCGGCUGUUGAGCAGGAUCCGAAAAUUCUUCACCCGGUACCCCUGCGAGUGACGCCCGGGCCGGACUCGCUGGAAGAGGAGCCGAAACAGCUGAGUGGCGGAGACACCAGUGCUAGUCCCAUUCGACCGAUUCAGAGACCUCAGCCCAAGAAAACGCCAGCCCCUGCUCCCGGUGCCAUUCCACCACCUCCCCAGUCGCUGGCCGAGGAAUCCGUCGGGGGAUCAGGGCCGGCAAGCUUACCAGCCAAUUCAGUGUCAACAAUGAAGAAGGACCCCCCUCCACCACCUCCUCCGAGGCCAUACCGAACGCAUACCAGGAGCUCGUCGCUCGACCUCAAUCGAUUGGGUAAAAAUGGUUGCAAUGCCCCUCCCGUUGUUCCUCCUAGAGUCUCGCCCGGAACGAUAUCUCCGAAGAAGCAGAGAACGGAUGCAGUGGCGUUUGCUGACUUUGCACAAUUUCCUCCUGAGAAUAGCGCUGAACAACCAAGAACUCAUGGUGCUUUCCAAGUCUAUAGAAAACCUGAUGCUGUAGAAAGAGUCACACCGCCAACAGAAGUACCUGUGUUGCCAUCAGAAGCUAGUGUUGAAAUGAGGCAGGAGUACAACAUAGUCCUGCACCAUUUGUGCGCUGACCUUCAACAAGACCUUGUCAAGGUCAAAGAGGAACAUCUCACACUGUUGUCACAACUUCAGCAGCUGAAAAUGCAGCAUCAUCAACCACCCUUAUGAGCUCACUCUUGUCUGUAACUAUAUUUUAACUUAUGUUGCUUGUCUUGAUGAUAUUAAUACUGUAUCGUUAUUAUCACCUUUGUAUAAAUUAUUACAGAUUCGUGUAUUUUAAAUCUUGUAAUAUGUUGAUAUUGAUAAUUAUAAUCUUUGAGUAUAAAGAGAUUAAAUAAUAAUUAUUGAAAAUGUGUAAAUUAAUAUAAUAUUAAUUUUGUUGUUAUUGGUUUUAAUAUAUUGUUGAUCUCCUAUUUUGUUAAUUAUUUAUUUGAAUACCUUUGUAUAGUAUUAUAUAUUGCAGAAUUAUUUUUCUAUCCGUUUUUGAAAUGAAAAGGAGAAUUGAGAAUUUUUAUAGAUAUCUUUGAUAGAUGUUUUCACAUUUAUAGUAAUUCGCUUCUUAAUGUAAACUGUCUAACAGAUGACCUGAUGAUUGAGUGACAUUUCAUGGAUAAUUUGAAGUAUCUUAUUUCAUAUCCUUCAAAAAUAAAGUUCUGUAUUUCUUUAAAU